UACAGGUUUGCGCGUUGGGAGGAGGGCGACGCUGACGACGCGGAGAGUCGACUAACCUGGACGGGACGUAAAAAAGGCGCUUGUUACUUGGGCAACGACGAAGGCUAGUUUAAUUCUCUUACAACUCAGGAUGUCUACACCGCCUCUAGCAGGGCCAGGAUUGCCUCCUGGUCCAUUUUCUGGGCCUCAGGGUCAGGCUGCACGAGAAGUGAACACAGCUUCGUUGUGUCGCAUUGGUCAAGAGACUGUGCAGGACAUUGUAUUCCGCACUAUGGAAAUCUUCCAGCUGUUAAGAAAUAUGCAGCUUCCAAAUGGUGUCACCUAUCAUACGGGCACAUAUCAAGACAGAUUAGGAAAGCUGCAAGAACAUCUGCGCCAACUCUCAAUACUGUUUCGGAAACUGAGAUUAGUAUAUGAUAAAUGCAAUGAAAAUUGUGCAGGACUUGAACCCAUUCCAAUAGAGCAGCUCAUUCCUUAUGUGGAAGAGGAUGGCUUUAAACAUGAUGACCGAGGAGCCACCAACCAGCUACUCUUUGCUAGUGAAGAAAGACGGGAAAUCAUGGAAGUUAUCAAGAAACUGAAACAGAAGAAUCAACAGCUGAAGCAAAUCAUGGAUCAAUUGAGGAAUCUCAUUUGGGACAUAAAUGCCAUGUUGGCAAUGAGGAACUGAAUACGUUUUCUUUCUAUCUCAUUAUGAUAUUUGAUGUUAUUUGUUACAGAAGAAUAACUUUUUAAAGAAGACCAUGGGCGUUCAAUUGUACUUUAAAUAAUCAUAUAUAUAUGUUUGUUAUACUUUGGUUAUGUAUAUUUAAGCCUUGAAGUUCUAGGCAAUGAAUAAAUUCAAUGUAAGCUUUAAUUUUCAGAUCCAGGAUGGACAACUUUUAUUUUUGAGGUUUGGGCAACUGUUUCUUUCAUAUGAAAAUAGUAUAAAGUUUAUUUCAUGAAGAAAAUGGUGUGAUUGCUUAUUGUACCCUAUAGCUAUUAUUAAGUGUUGUACCUUAUGAUUCUUGACUCUUGAUGAACGUAUCUUUUCUUUUUUGUACACUGAGAGCAUUUGCACCAAGACAAAUUCCUUGUGUGUCCAAUCACACUUGUCCAAUAAAGGAUUCUAUUCUAUUCUAAAACAAACAAACAAACCCAAAGAAUAGUUUGUCCUAGAGAAUGUGUGCUUGUUCUCAACAAGAAGUGAGCUGGAACAAAUCAUGUAAUUCUGAUUUCAUCUUCAUACACUGCUAGAAUGCACCAAUCUGCAUGACCAACUUAACUGCUGAUGAUUGAAAGCCUAGCACUCAAACAGGAAAGAGGAAAAUGUCAUUGAAAGUUUUAGCAGAAUGGAGAAUGUUUUAUUUUUAGCAAUGGUGAAUAUGAUUUGAAUUUUGUCUUAAUUUAAAAUAAUUUCCAACGGUUGCAAUCUUUCUUUGUUGCAACUAAAAUGGGCAAAUGAACACGAGAGCACAACUUAUUUAAGGACUUCAGAAUUAUAGAGGCCAGCCAUGUUGCAUCACCCAUGGGAUCAGAACACGACAGCAGAGGCUGCCUCCCCACCUCCCCUUUUAUCCUCUCUUCCCCAAGAUGGUCAGAAACCUUUCAGAAAAAAAUACUAGCCUCUCAUCAACCUACCACCUUAACGUUGUAAAAAUGAUUUUUUUUUUCAUUACAGUUGAUUAAUGACAUCCUGCCUGACCUUAAUAAAUACAUUCAAGAUUGCCUUCUUAAUUGGAUGCCUUUUAAAGUGCCUAACACUAUUUUGGUAGAACUUUCUGGAAAUGGAAUGUCUUUGAUAUAUUUUUUAAUGCAUUGAGCCCUUUU